AAUUUCUGUUACAACAUUUUAAUAACUAUCUAUAGAUAUUAUAUUUCAAACAUAUAAUAAAUACAAUGUCUGUUAAAUAUGAUUUUACGGGUCGAGUGGUGUUAAUCACGGGCUCGGGUUCGGGUAUCGGUGCGGCCACUGCUGUCCAUUUCGCCCAAUCGGGUGCCAGUGUUGUGGUCACCGGUCGGAGAGCCGACAAACUCACAGAAGUGGCCAAAGAGUGUCUGAAAGUAUCGCCGAAAGGCAUUAAAGCGCUGGAAGUGUCGGCGGAUGUGACCAAUAAGGACGACAUGAGACGUCUCGUCGACCAGACUAUCAAACAUUUUGGUAAACUUGAUAUUCUGGUCAAUAACGCCGGCUCUGGAAUCAACACCAGACCCGACGAUAAGGAUUUCUACGAGAAAUACGAGAAAUUAAUGGCAAUUAAUCUCAAUUCUGUGGUCUAUUUAACUCAUAUUUGUAUCGAGUAUUUGGAGAAAACUAAAGGAAAUAUCAUUAAUGUCUCGAGUAUUGGCGCUAAAAGAAUUUUCUUAGACUAUGCACCGUAUUGUAUGGCAAAGUGUGCAAUGGAUAUGUUUACUAAGUGUAUGGCCGUUGAGUUGGGCCACAAACGUAUUCGAGUGAAUGCAAUUCACCCCGGGUCAGUUCGCACUGACUUUCUCACAGCUAUGGGCGCAUCACAGGCCGACUCCGACAAGUUGUUUGAAACCUAUGCUAAGGCAGUGCCGGUCGGCCGUUACGGUCAUCCCGAGGACAUCGCUGACUCAAUACUGUAUUUGGCGAGUGACCAUGCUCAAUAUAUCACUGGCACCAACAUCCUUUCCGAUGGCGGUAUCAUUGCCUCCAAUAUUCUCAACUCUGAUAUUCUCAAGAAUUACGCUUAAAUCAAAAAUUAAAUUGUGAUUAUUU